AUGGCUAGUGAGGAUAGUUUUCUAGUGUUGGUACAUCACAGAGGGUCGAUUAAGAGAAAAACUCGGUCCGACGUGAAGUUCACUGAUAAGGAUCCCCUAUGUAUUAUCGUGAGGCCAACAACCACCUACGAUGCUCUCGUUAGCUCUGUGCUGGAGAAGCUUGGUCUGGAAGGAGUUAAAAGGGUUAAGAAGUUUUUCUAUCGCAUCCCAACCACGGUGCUCCAUGAUACCGUGAAGCAGUUUUCCGAGGUAAGGACAUCAGAGUUGUUGGCAAAGUUGGUUGAUGUGGUAUCUAGCUCGGGUGGUUCGAACCGGAAUGCCAAUACUAUAGCCACGGUUGCCGGCUCGAGCUCGAGACCUGCGGUUGCUUCAUCCUCCGUUCCUGUGUAUGAGCCACCGAUGCAACCUGUUACCUCCCCAUCGUUUGCCGUUGAUCUGAGCAGCAAUGUUGGAGACAAGGUUCGAUAUGGGGAACAUCUUCCCACCGAAAUGCAGUGUCCUACACCGUCUGGUGUUGGUGAGGGUUUGUUUGAUGAUCCAGAUGACGAUAAUGUCGAGCCGGAUAUGAUCGCUGAUGACAGCGGCGAUGAUCUUAGAACUACUGAUCCGAGAAGGGCUACAGGUGGAUCUAGUUCUGGCACACAGCAGUACCCACCCCAUUUUUCAUCGUUGGACCUGGAUGCCAUGACGCAGGACGAAAAUCCUGUGCAGGCCUCUGGAUUUGGCGCUAGAGAUACGGAAGGGUCUGCCGGUAUGACGGAGUUCCAGGUUGGCCAACAAUUUCAGGAUAAAGAUGAGGUGCUGUUGAGUGUGAAGACUUACAGCAUCCGCCGAGGGGUCCAGUACAAGGUCGUUGAGUCUGACUACCGCAGGUAUGUGGGAAAGUGUUCUGAGUUUGGGAAUGGGUGCACAUGGUUGAUUCGGUUGAGUGUUCGACAGCGAAAGGGCAUCUAG